AUGGAAGUAUCAAAAAUGAAUCCUAAAGAAAAUAAAAGAAAUUUAUGGAACAUUGUAGAUGGUGAUGAGUAUCAGCUACAUGUUACAAUUUCUGCUAUUAGUUCAACUACUGAAUCAGCAAAAGAGGUAGAUAAUAAAAUAGUUUAUAUGGAAGAUUUAGAAAAAAGAAAACAAGUAUAUGGAAUAUGUGGAGAAUGUAAUGAACCUGGCACAGGACAAUAUUGGUGUCAACCUUGUAAUGCUAAAAGAUUUAAGGAUAACUUUAAAAAUUGGACUAGUGGAAAUAAAGAUAUUGAUGAAUUUAUACAACAAUCACAACUUAAUGCUGUGCAUUAUAAAAGAUAUCUUGAAUGGAUACCCUUUGAAAAUUUUAAAGAUAUUACUUAUAUUACCAGAGGUGGAUUUGGUAAAAUUUAUUCUGCUGAAUGGCCUGAAGGAUAUAUUGCUCAUUGGGAUAUUGAAAAUCAAAACUGGAUAAGGUUUAAUAACACUAAAGUUGCAUUAAAAAGUUUGGAUAAUUCUUCUUUUAUAAGUACAGAAUUUUUAAAUGAGAUUAAAUCACAUCUUCAGAUUUAUGUUUGGGAUGUUAUUCAAUGUUAUGGAAUAACUCAAGAUCCGGAUACCAAAAAUUAUAUGAUGGUUUUACAAUAUUGUAAAUAUGGAAAUUUGAGAAAUUACUUUCUAAAUAAUGAAUCAAGUCAUUAUUCAAAAAUUAUACAUUUAAAGGGAAUUGCAAGUGGACUUCUAGAUAUCCAUAAUGCUGAAAAAGUUCAUAAAGAUUUUCAUUCAGGCAAUAUAUUAUAUCUUAGUGGAAAUGUUCCAUAUAUAAGUGAUUUAGGAAUGUGUCAACCAGCAAAUAAUGAAGAACAAUCAGCUAAAAAAGAAGGAGUUUAUGGAGUAUUACCCUAUAUGGCACCAGAAGUUUUACGUGGAUAUCAAUAUACCAAAGCAUCUGAUAUUUAUUCAUUUGGAAUAAUUAUGAAUGAACUUAUAUCUGAAGAAACUCCUUAUAAUAAUAUUCCUCAUAAUCCUGCUUUAGCUAUUAAAAUAUGUAAAGGACUUAGACCAAAUAUUUUUAAAUAUACACCAAAAUUACUUGCAGAUUUGAUUACGAAAUGUUGGGAUGCUAAAGCAGAAAAUAGACCAACUGCUAAAGAAUUAUAUCAAGAACUUGAAAAAUUGUUUGAAGAUUAUGAUGAUAGUGAUCCUCAAAUAAUUGAAUAUGAUGAUAAAAUCAAAUUAAACAGUACAAGUGAAAAAAGAUCUAAUAACAUUCAAACACAUCCACAAGCAAUAUAUACUAGUAGACUUUUAAAUUUCAAAAAUCUUCCAGAACCAGUAAAUUCAGAUUCAGAAUGUUUUGAUUGUCAAUUAGACGAAUCAGAUCUUAAUGAAAUUAAUCAAAAUGAAGAAAAUAAUAUUGAAUGA